CUUUGUCUUUCACCCAUGCACUUGCUUGCGCACCAACCAGGCAGUAGUGUUUCGCCCGACCUCAGGCUCAAGUCCAUACUCCAAUUAUCGUCGUAGUUGCGUAAUUUUGAAUCGCUUCUUCUCAAUCGACAUCAGCCCAUCAGACGACGGCCAUGGCAUUCUUCAGGCCUACGAUGCUGCGCACAGCUUUCUCUACCUCGCAAUCUGCCUGCCUUCGCCAUGCUACCCUUCGCUAUUCGUCUACAUCGACUUCUGAGUCUGUCGUUCUACCAAGACUACAGUCCGACCUCAAGACUGCAAUGCGUGCGAAGAACAAACCCGCCCUCAAUGUCAUCCGCGCACUCCAAGCCGAGAUCAUCAACGCCUCCAAAACCGCGAAGCCAAUCGAGAACGAUGGCACAUUGUACGCGUUGGUCCAGAAGCAGAUCAAGGCUGCAAAUGCCACAAUAGAGGAGUGCACAAGCGCGAAGCGCCCGGACCUGGUAGAAAAAGAGCAGGCGCACUUGGACGUGUUGAAAAAGUACGCGGAAGACAUCCCCAAAGUGUCGGAGACCGAAGUGAACAGCAUCAUCGACCAGGCGAUCGCUGGAUUCGAGGAAGCCAAAAGGGCAUAUGGUCCUAUCAUGGGCAAGGUCAUGGGCGCCAUGAAGGGCAGACCGCAUGAUGUUGACUAUGUGCAGAAGAGGAUCGAGGAGUUGGUUGGGAAGAAAUAGACAGACGUGUCGCUCAGAAAAGAACGCCUGGUGGUUGUACACUAUGUAUAAAAUAACAUGUACUUUGUAAACUACUACAUAUAGAUGGGUGUUACCUGCACCAAGUCGAGAUCUCGUGAAACACUAUUGCAAUCUCUUGUCUAUAUCAAGAAUGCAGCCAGCAA